CUUCUCAAACCUCCUCAUAGUGCGACGAUCCAUCCAGCCUUGAAUUCCUCUCUUCAGGUUCUCACAACCAUUGGGUUGGGAUGCACAGUAAUAACAACCUGGGUCGCAACCUGGAAAUAAACCAGCUUGCAGCAGCCUUCUCUUGAUGUCAAGGAGAGGAGUUGACAGAUCUCUCACAUCAUAGACAUGGACUGUGUCUAUGAUAGCGUUAACAGUCUUGUCAUGCUUUGGCAUGGGAGCAGUAAUGACAUUCGGAGUUUCCGGCGGGUCAAACUCGAUUUCAUCAGCUUCAUCUUCAACCUUGACACAAGAAAAUUUGGAUUUUCGAAUUUGACCAAUAUUCAAUCAUUUUUGAAAAUGUAAGGGUGUAACUUGCAUGAUUUUUUAGGACGACAUGUUUUGAAGAAAAUGUAUAAAGAAAAAGAAGGAAAAUGUAUGAGUAAAAUAUGGAGGUGCUAAAAGCAAAUCCUAUGUUUUGGCGUACUAGAAAACAUGUUUCAGCCCAAACGUGUGUUUUUGUCCGGAAAAAAAUAACAUCAAGCUUUGCCGUAAUGAUUCCCUGAGCUCUUGGCUUUCAAAGAACAUUUCUAGCAUUUGAAGUUAUUGUUGUGCUGAAAUCAUGUAUGGUUGUUGAUAAGGAUUUCAUAUUCCUCAAAUCAGAUGGCUUUUUUGUUUCAUAAAUUUCAAGAGGGUGUGAAAACCCUUGCAAGAAGUCCCACUUUUGCUUUUGCUAGGGAUCCAAGACAAAAUCUUCAACAAAACAAACUCUUAUAAAUUAGGAUACUAAUAAUCUUAAUAGUUCAUUCUCUGGAAAUUCUAGUGAGGAAUAUUCAAAGAUAGAAUGGUUUUGGAGCAUGGCAUAUCACUUGAUGGAGAAGAUGCAAUGCACUUCAAUUUUAUUGAUGACAUGAACCCCCGCCGGCUCUACCAAUUUCUUUGUCGUUUGGCCAGAACAAAACACGGCGGUGAAGCUUGUGAGAAUGGUGCUGAUCAGAAGAAGAAGGAGGAGUGUGCUUCUGUCAAAAUUGUUGAAAAAGGAAAAAAGAAUGGUGUGGUUAAUAGGAGUUGUGAAGAAGAUGCUAAAAAUAAGGAUAUUUUGAAAGAGGAAGCUUCUGAAGCCAUUGCUAGGUUUUUCUACGACAAUGCCAUACUGCCCAAGAUGGUAGAGAGUAAGGAGUUUAUUGCUAUGUGUGGUAUGAUUUCAAGACUCGGCGUUGGAUAUGAGCCACCGUCUAGCAUUGAGAUUAGUGAAAAAUGUUUGGCGAAAGCAAAGUCGGCAGAUAAAGCUUUGGAAGAACACAGAGCUGUAUGGAAGACAAGAGGGUGCACGAUAAUGGUUGAUGCGUGGAUUGACAAGAAUAAGCGAUCCAUACUAAACUUGUUUGCGAACAGUAUAAAGGGAACAUACUUUUUGAAGUCUGUUGAUGCAACUGAUAUGUUGGAAUCGGAGACGCCUUUCAAACUCUUUAAGAUGAUGGAUGACAUUGUUGAAGAGGUUGGAGAAGAAAAUGUUGCCCAAAUUGUGACGGACAAUACACCAUUCUAUAAAGCUGCUGGUGAGAUGCUGAUGGAGAAGAGGACUAGGUUGUAUUGGACACCUUGCGUAACACACUGCAUUGAGAUGAUAUUGGAAGAAUACGAGAAGAAGAUUCCGAUAUAUGAAAAGACAAUUGCAAAGGGUAAAAGAAUUACAAACUUUAUUUAUUCGAGGAAUUCUAUGGUUUCUCUAUUGCAUAGGUUCACAAAAGGAAUGGAUUUGGUGAAGCCGAGUAUUACUCGCUGUGCCACGUCCUACUUAACUUUAGACUGUCUUUAUGAGAACAAGGUAGCUUUGAGAAAAAUGUUCAUAUCCAAGGAGUGGAGGUCCAGCCAGUUUGCAAAAACAAGUGUUGGAAAAUCUGUUGAGGAUGUGGUUUUUGACAAAGAGUUUUGGAAAAAUAUUUUGAUGUGCUUAAAAGGUGCAGGUCCUUUGAUCGAAGUGCUUCGUUCGGUGAAUUCAAUCGACGAACCAGCCACCGGUUUUAUUUAUGAGGCAAUGGAGCAAGCUAAAGAGGAAAUAAGAAGCAACCUUUCCAUUGAAAGUUUUAUACCUCUAAGGAAAAUAAUUUAUGAAAGAUGGGACAAACAACGUCUCAACCCUUUGCACGUGGCAGCCUAUUUUCUCAAUCCUCAAUAUCACUAUUGUAUUGGACUUAGAGACGAUGAUAAUAUCAUUGCGCGUGGUCUACAUCAGUGUAUAACCAGGAUGGUGGGCAGUCCAGAAGAAAGAGCCAAGAUUGAAAUUCAACUUGAUGAUUUCGAAAAACGGGCAAAUCUUUUGGGUGAUCCUCUUGCUGUAAUGAGAGCUAGUUACGAGACUCCGUCAGUUUGGUGGACUGAUUUUGGAGGUGGACUACCGGAGCUCCAAAGUCUUGCUAUUCGUGUAUUAAGUUUGACAUGUAGUUCUUAUGGAUCUGAGAUUAAUCAGAGUGCUUUCAAGAUGGUCUGUGCCAAGAGAAGAAAUCUUUUGAGUCAAGAGGCGGGUAAUUCAAAAUUGGGUGAGAAGAGGCAAGGUAGAGGAUCAGUUGAGCUAAAUCUGAAUGAUGAUGGAGAUAUUGAAGGUUUAGAUGCGGACGACUUGGGUUAUGAUAUGAUUUCUGAUUUGCAUGGCGAAUAUGCUAAUGGAGAUGAAGAUCAAACAGGACCUUAUUGGCGUUAAUUCCCCUGAACCUGACAAAAAGCGAAGGAGGAUCGAGAAACUUCCGUGUAAUGUGCUUGUGGACUGAUCUCCCUUGAAACUUAUUCUAGUUUUUCUUUAUGUGGAUGAAGGUGGGCUGGAACUUGUUCUAUUGUAUACAUAUGUGCAAAAUCUUGUAUGUUACAUAAAUCAUCCUUAGCUACCAAACUUGUCAUAAUAUUUCAAUUUAGGCUGUCAAAUUGGUGUCCUAGAUUAAACUGUAUCUUAUCGCAAACGUGUUUACGUUUAGAAAUACUCUUGUAUGAACUAUGGAUGAAUCCCCUCAUUUUUUAAUGAAAUAAAGUAUUUUAUGAAAAUUCCUCC